CUGAUUUUCAUACUUUCAUAGAGAAGCUGGUACUCUGGCUUUCUAAUAAGAGGACAUGCAUGCUACUCCUCCCUGUCUUCAGCAGUGGUUUUCAAAAUCAGCAGAAGUUCUUAAAACACAAAUGACCAGCUAAGAAAAUCCUCAUAAAUGAUGGCUACAGCUUCAGCUGAAUUACUGACCAUUCUUCCAAACAAGAAAGCCUUCUGGAGUAACCAUACCCACCUAGCCACAAACGCCUCCGAAAUUCAAAACAAUGCCAGCUGUUUCUUAGAAGAUGAUGCGUUGUCAUUUGCUUUAAUACUUUUUUACUCUGUUAUUUUUGUCGUUGGAUUGGCCGGAAAUGUUAUAGCCCUGUUUGCUUUCCUGUGCAUUCACCAGAAGAGGAAUUCCAUCCAAGUUUACUUGCUAAAUGUGGCCAUUGCAGACCUUCUGCUGAUCUUCUGUCUUCCCUUCCGAAUAUUGUACCAUGUUAACAAUAACACCUGGAUGUUUGGACACAUUUUAUGCAAGAUUGUAGGAACUCUAUUUUACAUGAACAUGUACAUUAGCAUAGUACUGUUGGGACUAAUUAGUCUAGAUCGUUAUGUAAAAAUAACUAAGUCUAUAAAGCGUCCUAAAAUGCUAACUGCUACCCAAAGUAUAUAUAUUUGUUGUGGUGUGUGGGCACUUGCACUAACAGGAUUUCUAGUAGUAGUCGCACCAUCUUUCUUUAAGAGUGAGGUCAGAAAUUCUACUAAGUGCUUUCAUUACCGAAAUAAAAAGAAUGCAAUGACAGAAGCAGUUUUAAAUUACAUUAUUGUCAUAAUCUUCUGGACAGUUUUUUUCCUUUUGAUACUUUCAUAUGUUAAAAUUGCCAAGAAUCUUCUGAAAAUCUCAAGAAGAAGAUCUAAUUUUCCCAAUGCAGCAAAAUAUACCCAAACAGCAAGGAACUCCUUUAUUGUACUAAUUAUUUUCACCAUCUGUUUUGUUCCAUACCACAUCUUCCGAUUUGUCUACAUUACAUCACAGUUACAAAAUCCACUUUGUUAUUGGAAGGGAAUCAUUCACAAAAGCAAUGAGGUGAUGCUCAUAUUUUCAUCUUUUAACAGCUGCUUAGACCCAGUUAUGUAUUUCCUGAUGUCCAGAAGUGUCCGUAAGACUGUAUUCCAACUUAUUUGUAGAAAAAUUCAUGGAGAUUCAAGCAUAACUCUGGAAAGUACUUCAGAAAUAAAACUUGGACAAUACACACAAGAGCGAUUUUCUACUACCACUCCCCACUCAAGUUCUGUUAAGAAGAAGUUUGAUCUGAUUAAGUAAAUGGGUAACAGCUUCUCUCUUUGUCACUCUAGGACAUCAACUCAAGAUGCACCAAAUGCAAUACUGUAUGGCUACUAAUCCUGCCUCAUUCUUCCUGUUAAAAAACGAGAAGUCUUACUUCUGUUUGUGAAAAUGAGAAGUGACUUUUCUGAAGUACUUCACGCUUGUUUAUCCAAGAAAACAAAACAGGAAACGUCCUUAAAAGUUAUCUCAGACACCUUCUGUGGGACUAAUAUAGAACACUAACUCUUUGAGGAGAUUUCUACAAAGUUGUUUGAGCCUGUAUAGACAUAAAUAUUACCAAUUUGUGUAUGUAAACAGCAGAUGAAUUUUGUAAAAGUAAUGUGUCCUCUUCAAAAGAGCUAUACGAAUCAUUAAAGGUUUUAUGUACUUCUCGAUUUUAAUAGGCUUCAAAGAGAUCAGCAUUUUACAGAACUAUUUUUUGCAUGAAAAUACUUAAGAAUUUAGCAACAUAUGUGGCUUAAACAUGAGGUGAAGAACAUGACUGCCACUAAUUCAGUUAUAAUAAUAGAAGGCACACUUUAUUAAAUAUCAAAGUUAAAAUAUACAAGCCUCCUAAACAUUUUAUUAUAUUUUCAACAUUUUAAUGAAUGUCGAGGGUGAAUACUUGAGGAAAAGUAACAAUGGUUAAGAAAAUUAGAAAUUCAUGAAGGAGAGAAAACAUACUGGUCUUUUCAGUUAGCUAAGAUUUCCUUCUUAUUCUGAUCAACAAAUUUGGUGGCUUCAGCUACCCAGAGUAUUUCAACAUGGAAAAUGCUCACCAAAUUGAGCAUAUAGAGCAGAAUGUAUAUGUAAUUAUAAAUAACAUAUAUAUAAAUAUAAAUUAUAUAUAUAUAUAUAUAUAUAUAAAGUAGCUCUCCUGCACAUUGGAAGCAUCAGCUUUGACCUUUACUCAAGGUCAGUCAACUAGUCUACCUACCUGUUUAGAAUUUCAAACUGUAAAGUUGUAUAGAAUAAAAGAGGGCUAAAGGUGGUUGUUAGACACAAAGACACGCAAAGAGGCACCUAUACAGAGAACAAUUUAAAUGUCUAGCAUGGGAGGCCAGAAGGGUGAACAGAUCAGAUACCAGAUAGUAGCUCUACAAAAUCAGGAUAUAUUAUGUCAAACAAGCAAUAUUGCUCAGGUUGAUUUUGAUAUUGAUUUUAAUAUGACUAUCAGUAACUUAUCUGGUGGAUCGUGUGACUUCUUAUACCUAAUCUAUGUCAAAACUUGCAUUUUUUUUACUAAUCUUGUACAAUAUUCUGAUUUUAUAGAAGCUACUCAUAAAACUCUUACUGAACAAAGAAAACAUAAUUCACCUCUCCUA